AUGGCUCUGCAUAUACCCGGUCUGAUCAUGAUGGUCCUCUUCUACCUAGUGGUUUUGGGUAUCGGCAUAUGGGCGUCUUUGAAAUCUAAGAAAAUGGAGAAAAACCUGAUCAAUGGGCAGAUUGAACUGUCUUUUUUGGCAAACAGGAGAGUGGGCUUGGCGGUGGGAGUCUUCACUAUGACGGCUACCUGGGUUGGAGGGGCCUUCAUUAUUGGAGUUGCAGAGACAGUUUACGACCCCACAAAGGGAUUGGUCUGGGCUCUUAUUCCCCUGCAAAUGUCCGCUUCCUUUGUAAUCGGUGGACUGUUCUUUGCAAAGCCAAUGAGGGACCAGAACUACAUCACCAUGAUGGAUCCAUUUCAGAGGAAGUAUGGAAAAACCCUCACAGGAUUUCUCUCCAUCGUUCCGUUCAUCAGUGAAAUGAUGUGGGUUCCUGUCACUCUCAUCUCUCUGGGUGUAACCGUGAGCGUCUUCUCUGAUCUCCCUCUAAGUCUUUGCAUCUGGAUCUCUGCUGCUGUGGCAAUCACCUACACCCUUCUCGGAGGUCUCUAUUCGGUCGCUUUCACCGAUGUCAUCCAGCUGUCUCUGGUGUUUUGUAGCCUGUGGUUGUGUGCUCCUUUUGUUCUGGCGAGCGACGUUUAUACCGACAUCACUCAGACAGCAUUCAACCACACACAGCGGGCGCCGUGGCUGGGCAGGAUCGAGUCUUAUGAUGUGUGGAGGUGGAUCGAUUACUUCCUUUCAAUGAGUGUAGGGAAUUUGGCAUUCCAGGAUUUCCACCAAAGGACCCUCUCCUCCAGCUCCACAUCCACAGCCAGGAUGAUCUGUUUUGUAGCUGCAGGGGUCGUCCUUGUUCUCGGGAUCCCACCUGUUCUCAUUGGUGCUGUUGCAGCCUCUACAGACUGGAAUCUAACCUCGUAUGGAUCUCCUUCACCAUAUGAGCGAGGAGAAGCCGCCAUGGUUUUGCCCAUCAUCCUUUUACAUCUGACCCCGACUGCUGUUUUUGUUGUUGGUAUGGGAGCUAUCGCCGGCGCUGCCAUGUCCUCUACGGAUUCUUGCCUGUUGGCAGCGACCUCCAUCUUCACCACCAACAUCUACAAGCUCAUCAGACAGCAGGCGUCUGAUAAAGAGCUGCAGUGGGUGAUUCGCUCCUCCAUCAUCGUCGUGGGGAUCGUGGGAACCUCCCUCACCUACCUGGACAGCAGCAUCUUGGCCUUCUGGCUCCUGAGCUCAGACUUGACCUACGCCAUCAUGCUCCCCCAGCUCGUCUGCAUCCUCUUCAUCAGGGUCUCCAACGGCUACGGGGCCGUCUGCGGCUACAUCGUGGCUUUUGUGAUGAGAGUCCUGUGUGGGGAGCCCGUGUUCAACCUGCCUGUAGUACUGCAUCUCCCAGGGUGCACUUUGGUGGAUGGUGUCUACAUUCAGCGCUCGCCUUUUAAGACCAUCUGCAUGCUGUGCUCUCUGGUGUCUAUUGUGUUGUUUUCAUAUGUGGCUUUAGUCCUGUUUGAGAAGGAGAUCCUUCCUGAGAGGUGGGACGUGUUUAAGGUGAAAUCACAGAGAGGAGAAACACCAGCAGGUGGCGCCAAAGAGCAGGAUGGUGAUGUUAGAAAUGAAAACGAUCCUAUGCUUGAUUCAAGCUGUUAA